AUAAAUCUUUAACUCUACGCGGUUGUACAGUAGGCAUGUUUUCUUUUAAAAUCAGCUAAUCUGUAUCACAUUAUUGGUAUCCAUACUAAUGGUAAGGUAGAGUUCAAUUUUAUGUUUGCUUAAAUAUUUCACUGCAAUGUGUUAAAAAUCGCUAUGUCUUUAAACUCAGAAAAUAGUGUCGUUAUAAAAAAAGAAGUUCUGGAUGAUUCAGAAUAUUCUGAACUACCGUGCAUUGGUGUUCAGCAUCACGGUGUCGAAAAUGGGAAACGCAAAAGCAAUCAGGAUGGAAUAAGUGGAAAAAGACUCAAAUCAAUGUUAUCUCAAGGUAAAGAAAUUGAUAUUCCAGUUUCAACUGGUUCUUCCAACAUCUGUGAAAGCAAUUUGAAAAAUUGCCCAAAUAUAGAUUCCGAGGAACUAGCGCAUGUACUAGAAGGAAUGAGCGAUGAAAUCGAUUGUAUGUUAGAAGCAACUGCAGCGAAAAACAGAUUAACCUCAAAGCAUGUGAAAAGUAUUCUUAAGCAUGUUAUUACGAAUGAAUAUGUCCUGACAAUGGUUCGUAACACUAUGAAAUCUGAAUUGAAUGAAAAUGAAGAACUGGAUGAAGCUGUGUUUGAGCCUAAGUUAACUAGGUCAAAAGCUAAAGAACUACGAGAAAAACAGCAUGUGCUACCAUGGCCUGUCACAUCUCCAGUAAAACAGACAGAAUCUUUAUCCAAGUCACUUCUGGAGAAUGAAUUUUCUGAAGAAAGUUCUUCUGAUGAAGAUUAUAAACCUGUCGAAGUUGAAUGUGCAAGUGACGAAGAACUUGUAUCUUCAAAAGCAAGUGAAGUGGAUAUUCCUUCCUGCCCUCCAGCAGACUGUGAAGAGCAUGUUAAAGAUGAACUUAUUGUAGAACAUGGUGAAGAUGAAGAUGAAAAUCGUCUUGUCAUAGCUGAAGCAGAUAUGCCUUUGAAUAGUGAAGAGGAAGACAAAAUAGCUUUAAGAACACGCUCAAAAUUAUGUCUGAAUGAUACUCCUCUGGAAGCCAUAGAAGCCUCAUUUAUUGCUCCUGAUAUAACUGUAGAUAUGUAUGAUACACACUGUGAUGAUGAAGAAUGGCAGAAAUUUCUUUGUGAUCUUUACAAACCGUUAGGUAUGAUUUCAUUUAUUAUACAGUCAAUCCUCACUAUAAUGAACUUCAAGAAACUGAAAGAUGGUUUGCUAUACUCAAUCUGAUAAGUAAAAUGGGUUAUUUCACUAAAAAAUAUGAAAAUUCAUUGAUGAUUAACAUUAUCAACACCUACCAAAAGAACUAUAUAAUAAUUCUUAAUUAAAAACAUCAUAUUAAGUUUUAAUUACUAUUAUGUACAAUUAUUAAAUUUGUUCACUAUAUGUUAAUAAUUUUACAUGAUAAUUGACUUAGCAUAUUACUAAGCAUUUAAGUCAUGUUAAUAUUUCUCUCAAAUAUCACAUCUACCUCUAAAAUACUUAUCUAGAAGCAAUUAUUUUAUUCAUAAAAAUUUUUAAAUACUAAAAUGAAUAAUGUGCUAAUGCAUUCACUUUUAUUUAACAUCUGAAUUCUGACGUUUGUGUGAGUAAAAUGUUAUAACGACAUAUAUGGCAGCUUUAGCUGUUAUAGGUAAUUGACUUUCCAUGUGUUGCAUUUCUUCAGCAUUUGCAUUAGCAUCAGAAGAGACUUUAAUAGCAGAAACAGCGUUUCUCAUUUUUAAUUUCUAUCACAAUAUCUUCACCCUCGAAUCUACAUAUUGUUUUGUAAUAGAUUGAAUGCACACAGG